GUUUUUGAUUACAUUUUAAAUCUUUAAAGAAAGAUAAGUACACUAUGAAACUAAUGUUUGGUAAAAAAAAGUUAUAUCAGCAGUUAAAACAUAUGUAUUACCAGAAACCAGUGCCCUCAAAAUAAUAAAAUAACAAAAUACUCAUUAAAAAUUUGGACGAAAUCAAGAGGAGUACAUAACAAAAUACAAGUCAUGUCCGCGUCAGUAAGAAAUACAGUCACUAGCCAAGAAAAUGGGAGUAUCUUUAAAAACACCGUUCCCCACGCGUCAAAAAGCGGUCCAGUAACUUAGACAACGAACUCAAAAAGAAGUCCGUGGUGGUUAAUCAGACACAAGCCGAAGAGUCUAAGGCUAAGAAGAAAGAUACUACGCACUAUUACAGUGUGGAAACACUUGCCGACCUGCAGUAUCGAUCUCAGAUAAAGGUUUUGGAAAAGAUCUAUGGCGAGGAGGUUGAUAUGACACCUAAGUCGAUCCAAGAUGACACCUAUGUGGAGCAGUUCAUGAAGUACAACCUAAAUGUCAUGCACCAAAUGACUAACUUCACUACAAUGGUAGCGAAGAGCACGACCAGAUCCCGCACGCGGUCUAGUGUUCGGGCCGGAAUAGGCGGCAAUAAGCAGUCCAUUGACGACCUGAUGAACGGGAUACUUUAUGAAACUAUUAACUGGGAACCGUACAGCACUGUUGAGGCUCUCGAAGAGGCGUACGAGCCAAAGCCGUAUACCAAGUCCUUUUUAAAGAUCACCUUACGCAAGUCUGACUUCUUCGAAAUUCACAGCCAGACGCAGACGACGGUGGCCAAGGGAUCGCCCGAGGGCGACGAUGCGGAGCGAGACAACCGAAACUACGAGUAUCUGACAAUAGGGAAAGGCAAAAUUCGCCGGCGCUCAGACAAUGACGCUCAGACAGAUACUCUGCUCUUCACCACUCGGGCAGUCAACACCAUCCUCAUAACCAAGGCCACCGUCAGCUCUUACGUUUCCAACUUUGAGAUGUACGACACGCUGAACAAUAUCACCAAGGAGUUCGCAACAGCCACUAUGAGUUCGGUAAAGGACCUGACCUCGGCUCUAGCGCAGACGGAGGAUGCGGAUACCUUUGAGGACGACGAGGCCGUUGCCGAAAAAGACAAGGUCAGCAGCCAGAUAGAGCGCCUGUUCCGGAGCCCCGAGUUUCGCAACGCCAUCAUGUACAUGGGCCGCACGCUCUCGAGCAACACAAACGAGGCGGGGUUACGACGCUUCCGUAACUUUGACCAGGUGGAACGCUGGAACGCGGAGGCCGAGUACGUCUACUCGAUGAACUUGCUCUUUCGGCUGGUACCGGAGCCCAGCAAAGACGAGCGCAAGGCCGUAAGCGACAUUGAUUUCUGCCGCAGCAAUGGUGACAUCCUGGCUGUAGCCUACGGACUGUACUCAUUUUCCUCACAGCACGUACCGACCUCCGGCAGCGUUUUCCUGUGGAGCAUUAAAAAUCCAGGCGAGCCGGAGCGCGCAUACUACUACGAUGUGCCAGUAACGGCAAUAAACUUCUCGCCAUUCUUGCCAUCCUUGCUCGCCAUUGGUCUGUACGACGGCAGCGUGGAAGUGCGAGAUGUGAGCAGUUUGCAGGACACACCCGUUGCGGUCUCGCAGCGCAGCACUUCGCCAGGCUCCUCGCCGGUGGUUGCCAUCCGCUGGAUCAAACAAGUUUCAGACGACGAUCAUGAAACAGACAUCGAUCCAUUCCUGAGCCUCUCCCAGGAUGGCUCGGUCACCCGCUUCCGGAUUAUCAAAAGUCCCUUCCUGCUUGGUUUUACCCAAAUGAUUCUGGAGCGAGUCGAGGGGCAUCCUGAGGGCAUUUUCGUUCACCCAUCGUCGCGUAUCCCCUGCGAGUCUAACCGCCACCCGCAAGGCUUAAGCAUCACUACACAUCCUCUGCACAAGGACAUUUACUACGUGCUGACAGAUGAGGGCUGCAUCCACAAGUGCUCAAUCAAUUAUCAGCAUCAGUACUUGGAAGUCCUGCGUUGUCACGACGGGGGUGUCACCGUAAUGGAGUUCUCGCCUUGGUCUCCCAAACUCUUCCUCACCUGCGGCAACGAUUGGUUCGUACGCAUUUGGGUCGAUGGCAUCACGCGACCUCUUCUCGAACUGCUAGACGAGAUGACCCCAGUGCAUUGGGCCAAGUGGAGCCCCACCCACUCUACGAUUAUUGUGACGGUGAACCGGGAAACCGCUAACGUCUGGGACUUUCGCCGAAAUUUGCUAAGACCCAUGUCCAAGCACAAGAUGGACUCUUCUUUUAAUACUGUGGCCAGGUUUUCCCACUGUGGUCGCACAUUGGUUAUUGGCAACGAGCGCGGGAACACGCUCUUCAACGCCCUGAACGACAUGCCCUUUUCGCCACACUUCCAAUACGACGAGUUAGAGAAAGCCAUUUUCAAGGCAAUUGGCAACGACCACGAGCUUCUUAUGGAGCUUAAAAGCAUUGGUUUCUUUGGGUACCCAAACAAAAAAGCAGUUUUUUAGAUAGGAAAAAUGGUAUUCUCAAUAAAACAAAAUAAUUCGUCGGCCUGAAAGCGAAUCUGGAUGGCACUGAUGAAAUGUUCACGCAUCAGCUAUCUAAGAGACACAACGGCGAUCGAUCGAGUGUCAAAC